AUGUCGUCGACCAUCGAGUUUUACGUCGAUGAUUAUCGUACAAAAUGGCAGCGAAUCGCCUCAAUUCCAGUUGCGAUCUCAAAAGCCAAUCAGGAGUCACUUGUACGAUCGCGAGUUCAGCGCUAUAGUAUAUCCGGCGACCACAACGGUUUAUCAUCUCAAGUUGGAUAUGUUAAUACAAUUAAUACAGCCAAAAUUUAUUCGGAUGGAAAUGCAGCCGAAGCUUGGGUUGUUCACAAUCCUAUUCCAAAGGCGGAGGAAGGCACUAGAAUAUACACAAAUACCAUAUUCAUUCAACCAUCUUGCAACAAAAUGUAA